AUGAUCUCAACGUUAGCCACUAGGAUUCCGACAUUUUGUAUUUCCCUGAAAACACUUCGUACUAAAGUCAUAAAAAGGUGCCACUCGAUUCCUGUACUCAGAGAUUAUCAGCAAGAUGCUAUAAAUGCAUGUGUCGAUUCAAUUCGACAAGGAACAAAAAGAAUUGGAGUAUCAUUAGCCACAGGGGGGGGUAAGACAGUAAUAUUCUCAAAUCUUAUCGAUCAGUUGCGUCAAAGCUAUUUGGGAGAAAAUGAAGGAAGUUUUAAAUCGCUGAUUUUGGUUCACAGAAGGGAGCUGGCUUUACAAGCGACAAACACUCUCAAAAAAAUAUUCCCUGAGCUGAAGGUCCAUAUAGAAAUGGGAAAAUAUGAGUGCGAUAUUGAAGAUUCUGACGUUAUUGUUGCAUCUGUCCAAACUUUAAUCAGAAGGCUCGAUAAAUAUAAUUCUGAUUCAGUGAAUCUCAUAAUUAUUGAUGAAGCCCAUCAUUCUGUAGCUAAUUCCUAUAGAAGUAUUUUAGAUCAUUUUAAUGCUUCAACUACAGAAACGAAAAUUCCUGUUGUUGGCUUCAGUGCAACUUUUGAAAGGGCAGAUAAGAGAGCUCUGUCGACCGUAAUGGAUAAAAUUGUGUAUCAUAGGGGAAUACUGGAAAUGAUUGAUGACAAGUGGCUAUGUGAGGCAAAAUUUACGUCAGUAAAAAUCGAGGCAGAUUUAUCAACUGUUAAAAGCACUACGGAUGAUUUUCAGCUGUCACCGUUAUCAUCCAUUAUGAAUACAAAUGAAAUCAAUGAGGUAAUCCUAAAAACUUACUUACAUAAAAAGCAAAAAAAAUCGUUAAAAUCUACACUAUUAUUUGGCGUUGAUAAAACACAUGUACGAAGUUUGCAUAAACUAUUCAAAGCCAAUGGUAUCACCACAGACUAUGUUACUUCGGAUACAAAACAGAUAGAACGAGAUAAUAUAAUUCAAAAAUUCAAGAACGGAGAAAUUGAAGUACUGAUGAACUGUGGAAUAUUCACUGAAGGGACAGAUAUGCCAAACAUUGAUUGUAUACUACUGUGUAGACCCACAAAAUCACGGUCACUUUUAAUUCAAAUGAUUGGAAGGGGGUUACGGUUACAUCACUCGAAAGACAAUUGUCAUAUCAUUGACUUCAUUGGGGCUUCUAAUGUUGGAGUAGUUUCUGCACCUACGCUACUGGGGAUAAGGAGUGAUGAAACCGAGUUUGAUGACGCUACAAUGGAGGACUUAAAAGCAAUUCAAGGCGAGAUAGUAGCUAAACAACAGAAAAUUGAUGAAAAAUUAAAGGCCUUAUUUCAAAAUAAUGAAACAACAGUGGGAAAUGUAUCUGAAAGAAAUAGCGCUGUCAAUUGGAUUCAAAAUGCAAAUUCACUUGAUUUGACCCUAUGCUCCUUUGAUAGUUUUAGAAAUUUUACACAAAGUAAUAACUCAUAUCCAGCCGGCAAGGAACUUGAUGAAGCUUCUGAAGCAAUAAAAGAAAUGGAGCUGCUAAUGAACUCACAAUACCCAUGGGUGAAAUUCGCCUCUAAUGCAUGGGGCCUCCCUUUAAAAGGCAAAAACCACUUGAGAGUAUACAAAGAGAAAUCAGAAGACAAAUCAUCGGUAGUAUAUCAUUUGAAAAUGUAUCGACAAUUACCCUCUUUUAUAACAAACAAAUACGCAGACUAUGUUCCAAAAAGCAUAAUAAAAGAUGCUAGUCUUUGGAACGUGAUGUCAAAGGUGGAAAAGAUUAUAAAUACUUUGAACCAGGACUUGGAAGGGCAAACCAUGCAAUACCAGGCAAUAUCAAGCAAAUUUUCAAAAUGGAGAAACGCAGCUCCUACGCCAAAGCAAAGAUGUUUUGUUUUCAAAAAAAUUAAGAAAGUGUACGGUGAGUCUGCAAAAGAUUUCAUUAGUUUAUCUUUGGAUGACAUUACUAAGUAUAUAGAUACGAAGAUGACGAAAGGUGAUGCUUCGAACUUGAUCUUUGCUAGCAGUUUGGCACCUGUCUAUCCGCUGAAGUCACUAUUACGAAUUUUAGAAUAUCAAAAAAGAAGAUCAUCUAUAAAGUAA